CUCUCACCUUAUGCUCACAGUAAAAGAGCAACUCUACUUAAAACUAUUUGCUCCUUUCGACAGAGAGAUAAAACGAGACAAUGGGUGCUAAUGUUUCUUCGCCAGACCAGAGAUAUUCAGUGACGUCCGACCUCCCUUCCAGGAGGCCAUGGACACCUCGCUUCGAGUCCCAGAUUUCUCCUUACAAAGUCAACAUCCCCCUUAUUGUGGAAAUCAAGAACAAGAAUCAGUGGAAAUCUCGACUCAACGCUCUCAAGGACACCAACAAGCUGCUGGUGAUCGAGUUCACGGCCAAAUGGUGUGGACCUUGUAAAUCCCUUGAGCCGAAGGUUGAAGAGUUGGCGGCUAAGUACACCGAUGUCGAGUUCGUGAAGAUUGAUGUCGAUGUGUUAAUGAGUGUGUGGAUGGAGUAUAACCUUCAUACUUUGCCUGCGAUUGUAUUCAUGAAGAGAGGCCAAGAAGUAGACAGAGUUGUGGGUGUGAAGUUUGAUGAAUUAGAGAGGAAACUCCACAAAUACGCACAAUCCUUCUUCUGAGAAAUAUGAAGCUUUUACUUGCAUACCAAACAAAGCUCCUCAUGCAUGAUCACCGUAUGCCAAGAAUAGUAUGCUACUAUAGAUAAAUAAAUGUAGCUCCUUAUGCUUAUCACCUAAGCCAAGAAUAGUAUGCUGCUAUAUAUAAAUAAAUGUUUGAACGUAGAUUCAACAAAAUAAACAUAAUUUGAGUGAUAUAAGGAAUUGGAAGUUGGUUUUGCAUGUACGUACCUGUCUCGUGUAAUAAAUUUAUGACUACUGGUUGGUUUGUAUGGUUUA